GAGGGGGGGCGGGGGGGGGCGGGGAGCCUUCCGUGCGAAACAGAGAACAAGAGGAAUAGGGGGACCGCGAGAAAGAGAGAAAGAAGAGAAAGAGGAGAGGAGAAGAGAAAGAGAGGGGUUGUUUUCCCCUUGCCCAGACCAGACCCGAGAAAGAGAUUGAGAGAGAGACCCGAGAGUUGAGAGAGAGCUGAGAUUGGGGGAAGAGAGGGGCGUACCGUGGUGGCUGGGUCACCGGCGACGUGCAGCAGUGGCUCUUCCGGCGACGUGGCAGCAAACCCGCGACCCAGAAUCGUCACGUUAGUGGUUCUGGGAAUAUCCUUACAGUUUCCAAUUUGCUUUCACGGAGCGAGCGGUUUUGGGAAAGGUUCUAUUGGAAAAUGUUUUCUAUGGGGAGCAAAUUGAGCAAUGAAUUGAGAAAAACCUAGGCUGCGACGUGACAGGAACCUGGUCUUGUUCUUCCUCGAGUUCUCUGAGGAAUCUCUCUGUGUCAAUCAGAGUCUCCACUAGACGAAGAUGACACUCAAAUGGGUUUUGCACUGGCAGCCAAAUGCAGGAAGCACUGUGAACAGUCAAAUCCUGAGCGAAGUCUCGCAGUGCGUCGAGAGCAUCAAUGGCGUCAAAGAAGGCCGCUGGAGAGCCACCCUCACCUUCUACAAACCCCACACCCGAGAACAGUCAAUGGCGGUCGAUUUCCCGCGCGAUUUUCUAGGGAUUUCACUGCCGGAGCAGCCGAACAAGUACUACUUCAUAAUCCGAGGGCAGCGCAUUGUGCUCGAGGCGGACUCGUCGAUUCAGACUCUCAUGGAGAAGCUUCAGUCUUACAAGACCCGUGUCGCGCUUCAUUUCGAUGGCUUUCAGUACCAACUGGGUGACUUUCAGCUGAGAGUGGGAAAAGUUGUUCCUACUCACUCCGAGAAUUUGAGAGGGAUAGUAAUGGAGGUAGAGUAUCUUCCAAUUUCCUCUGUGGAGAAAGCGAGGCAAAUCAUGGAAGAGUUCCUGGAUAUAUGGCAAGAAGCUGUAUCAAAAAGAUCAUUACCAGGACAUUUUAUGCAUAUGGAACCAAAUUUUGCAGAGUAUGGCCUUGCAGAUCACUAUACUUCCCAACACACUGCUGUUCAAUAUGCUACAGUAAUGGCUCAACUCAUUGCAACAGUGCAAGCAGUGCAAUCAGUGAGAAAUUAGCAAAGGGUGAAAGAUUUGUGUCAUGUAUCUGAUAUGUAUAACUGCCUCCUUUUCAUUUUUCCUUCUGCAUUUUAAGUUUAAAUCCAGUAUCUGAAGCUUUAAUUGAUGCACCACUUAGAAUCCUACUUGUUUUGCGACUAGAUUUUAGACACCUUAUCAUUAUUUUUACUUCUGUAAAGAUAUGCAAUACAACAGAGACGAGUAAAAUGCAUGACUAUAAGUUACUUUA